UCCCGGUUUCGCGAUACCCCCUCACUGCUCCAGUGCUCCCUCCUCCCCUCCCCUCCGAUCAAGUCGGGGCAACGCGCAUCACUCGCUUUAAAUCCGCACCUCCCGGCCGGUCCCCUUAUCACCUCACCUUCUCCUUUGAGUCCUCUCUCUCCGCCGCCGCAGCUAGCUGUGACGUUAUGCUCUCGCCGGCGCCAUAGCGCCAGCGCCUACCGUCUACAACUAUCCAGCCUUAGGCUUACCUAUCCCGUCAAUCAAGCCUCUCGUAAGGAACAAGGAAGGUAGCUAGCUAGUUCUAUAGCUGCUGUCGUCGUCGUCAUCGGCGGCGGCGGCGCCUGUUCUUAGAGGAUAAGGUUGUCCUAGCGGAGAGGGAGCUAGCCAGGAUUUCGGUUGAGAUCAAGAGGGGGAGCAGGCGGCGGCGGCGGCGAUGGGGCGCGGGAAGGUGCAGCUGAAGCGGAUCGAGAACAAGAUCAACCGCCAGGUGACCUUCUCCAAGCGCCGCUCGGGGCUGCUCAAGAAGGCGCACGAGAUCUCCGUGCUCUGCGACGCCGAGGUCGCGCUCAUCAUCUUCUCCACCAAAGGGAAGCUCUACGAGUAUUCCACCGAUUCAUGUAUGGACAAAAUUCUUGACCGGUACGAGCGCUACUCCUAUGCAGAAAAGGUUCUUAUUUCAGCAGAAUCUGAAACUCAGGGCAAUUGGUGCCACGAGUAUAGAAAACUAAAGGCGAAGGUCGAGACAAUACAAAAAUGUCAAAAGCACCUCAUGGGAGAGGAUCUUGAAACGUUGAAUCUCAAAGAGCUUCAGCAACUAGAGCAGCAGCUGGAGAGUUCACUGAAACAUAUCAGAACCAGGAAGAACCAACUUAUGCUCGAGUCAAUUUCGGAGCUCCAACGGAAGGUAAAUUCGUCGAGCUUGCUUAAAGUUGGCCGUUGGAACUUCCUUUUUAAGAAAUUUACAUCCACAAAAUAUUCCUGCUCUUGUGCUGUGCUGAGUAUUGGCAUGCGAUGCAUUGCCGCAGGAGAAGUCGCUGCAGGAGGAGAACAAGGUUCUGCAGAAGGAGAAAGCGUUGCUCCUGCCUGCAGCUCGCGGAGAAGCAGAAAGCCCAGCGGAAGCAAGUGCAAUGGGGCCAAACCCAACAGCAGACCAGUUCGUCUUCCUCGUGCUUCGUGAUAAGGGAAGCUGCCCCAACAACAAAUAUCAGCAUUUUUCCUGUGGCAGCAGGCGGGAGGUUGGUGGAAGGUGCAGCAGCGCAGCCACAGGCUCGCGUUGGACUACCACCAUGGAUGCUUAGCCACCUGAGCAGCUGAAGGUUUCAGCAACUCUUCCCGUUUAUCCGCCUGGUGCAGUAUAGUAUCAUCGUGAUCGCGAGAGCAGCAGCAGUGGGUUUGCCGUAUCUUUUUUUACCAAUGUAUGUCUAUAUAUGUAAGUAUCAAAUCUGCAAUGUGUUAAUCACCAUUUCCGCUGGGGCGGCCGCACGAGUACUUUACGCAUCAGUAUAUGUGCAGCAUCAAAUAUUCCAUUUUCAUGACCAUAAGACGUUCUUGAUCCUUCA